GAUACCAGUGUUACAUAAUAUUUCCUGGUUGGGGCUGGUUUGCAGGAGCACAGUGAUUUUACAGAGGGCCUUUUGAAAUACGCUAAUCAUGAUUUUUCAUGCACUUUUUGAAUAUUUGGACUUUACUGGUUGGCUGUUGUUGAGCUUUGUAGUUUUACUUCUGACAGAUGUGGUCAGAAACUGGAGGCCACAGAGCUUUCCACCUGGACCCUGGUCUGUGCCUUUUCUUGGAAAUGUCUUCACGGGAGUGGAUUUCAAAACAAUGGAAAAGCUUUCUCAGGAGUACGGUCCAGUGUUCAGCUUGAGGAGAGGCAGUGAAAGGAUGGUGUUUAUUUCAGGAUACAAGAUGGUCAAAGAGGCUCUUGUUAACCAGCUAGACAGCUUUGGUGAUCGACCUAUUGUCCCUCUCUUCCAUGUUGUCUUCAAGGGGCUUGGCAUAGCUUUAAGCAAUGGUUACCUUUGGAAGAAGCAGAGGAAGUUUGCCAACACUCACCUGCGUUACUUUGGAGAGGGCCAGAGGUCACUGGAAAAAUACAUUGAACAAGAAAACAACUUCCUCUGUGAAGCCUUUAAAGAGGAACAAGGAAGACCAUUCAACCCCCACUACAUUAUAACAAAUGGAGUGGGUAACAUCAUCUCGUCUAUGCUCUUCGGACAUCGCUUUGAAUACAGUGAUCAAAGCUAUCGGAGGUUUCUGGAGUUGGACAACGAGGCCAUUUUGCUCGCUGGCUCUGCUCAGGCUCAGCUGUAUGAUGCCUUCCCGGGCUUGCUGAAGUACCUGCCAGGACCUCACCAGACUGUACAUUCCAACUACAAGGAGAUCCUAAUUUUCCUGCAAAAGCAAGUAGAGAAGCACCAGGAGGAGUGGAACCCAGAUGACCCUCGUGAUUAUAUUGAUGCAUACCUGUCAGAAAUGAAGAAGAAAAAAGAGGACCCCCAUGCUGGCUUCAACGUUGAAACCCUGCUGAUAUGCAUCCUCGACCUGAUGGAGGCUGGUACAGAAACUUCUGCCACCACUCUACGCUGGGCCCUCGUAUACAUGAUGCACUACCCAGAAAUACAGGAAAAAGUCCAGGCAGAGAUAGACGGAGCAAUCGGACAGUCUCGUCAGCCCACCCUAGCCGACAGACCCAACCUGCCUUACACUGACGCUGUCAUCCAUGAGAUUCAAAGGAUGGCAAAUAUAGUUCCCCUGGGGUUCCCCAAAAUGGCCAGUAAAGACGCUACGCUUGGAGGAUACUUAAUACCCAAAGGCACAACUGUAAGUACAAUCCUUGCAUCUGUGCUGUUUGAUAAGAAUGAGUGGGCAACCCCAGAUGUCUUCAAUCCGGAGCAUUUCUUGGAUUCAGAGGGCCGGUUCCGCAGAAGAGACGCCUUCUUACCAUUUUCAGCAGGUAAACGUGUGUGUUUAGGGGAGCACCUGGCCAGAAUGGAGCUGUUUCUUAUCUUUACAUCUCUCCUCCAACACUUCACCUUCUCCCCUGUUCUUGGAGUAAUGCCCAGCUUGGAAGGUGUAAUGGGCUUCACCCAUUCCCCUGAGGAGUUCAGGGUACUAGCUAUCCCUCGCUGAUUUUGCCCCACAUUUUCUCAUCCCUGCAUUUCAGUAGCAUAAAGCAUCAAAUACCUGUUAGACAACAAUACUCAAGAUUACAUAUCUGACUCACCACUGAAAAGUAGUUUGCAUAAAAUAUAGAC